AAAUAAUGUACAAACAAAUCAAUUUAAAACGUUUACAUCAUUAUCAUAUUAAAGAAUGAAUGAAUGAUGAUGUAGUGAUGGUGAUCAACAAUUGAACAAUCAUACAAAGUACACGUUAUCAUAAGAGAAAAAAAACAGCCAUCUUUCAAUAGAUUAUUGCAUCAGCAAUUUAAAUAAAUGUCACCUAUUUUUUUUUCAUAAUUAUAACAAAAAACUAACUUAUUAUCUGUACACAUAAUCAUCAUCAUCAUCAUUGUCAUCGUAAUUCAUUCAAGCAUAUCAUCAUAAUAAUAACCGGAUUUUUCAAAUGUCAUAUAUUUCUUAUUUACAUUUACGGUGCUAAAGUAUUGAAAUUAUUUUUAAAAUUUAUUAAAUGUAUAUGGCCACAUAUAAUGGUAAUGAAAAAAAACAAUGAAAAAUAAAACGACAAACGGAUUUUCAUCAAAUACCACGACAACAACAAUGACCACAACAAAAAAAGAUGGUGUGAAUGUGGUGAAAUCUUUCUGUACUAAAAUGAAAAAUUAUUCGACAAAAAUUCCCUGGAAAAUUUUACUUAUAUCAUCAGUGAUUUUAAUCUGUGCAUUAUUAUUCCAUUAUUAUGAUCUAUUAUUAUUCACGAAUGUUCAACAAACAAAUGAUGAUCAAAUUAUCAAAAAAAUUCCCACUACUGAGUCAAUGAUAAAAAAUUCAAGAAAAAAACAAAAACCGCAACAACAACAUAGUCAGGCGACAAGUGCAACAAAAAGAACCAUUCAAGAUGAUUAUGAUCCCGAUGCUAUGGUACGAUUCAUUGAUAAUGUUCUCAAUUCCACAUUGGAUGAUUUUGCGACCAUCGAAAACAUUACGGUUAAUUUGACGGAAUUAUCAAGAUUUAAUAAUAAUCAUUUUGCACCAAGAAUAUUAUCAUUAGUUAAAUUGAAUCCAUUCAAAUUUGUUAAAUUUAAUCUGAAACGACAUUGUUUUCUAUGGCCGGAUACAUUUUCCUGUACAAAAAUUGGAUGUAAUAUUAAAUUCUGUGACCGAUCGGAAUUGCCCAAAGAAUAUCUUGUUUUAGAUGAAAAUUGUCCAACUAAUUCACCAAAAGAAUUAUCGAAAUUAGAUCAAACAUUACAACAGAAUAAUGUACAUGAGUUAAACCGUCUUUUCGAAUGUAGUCGUGAUGAUAGUGAACAAUCACAAUAUUAUGAUCUUGUAUUGAAUCCUGAACGUUUUACAGGAUAUGAUGGUAAUCAAAUAUGGAGAGCUAUUUAUGAAGAGAAUUGUUUUUCAAUGAAAAAACAGCAACAAAAUAAUAUAUUAACAUUGAUGAAUUCGAAUAAUAAUAAUAUUGGUUGCUAUGAAGAACGUUUUUUCUAUCGUAUCAUCUCCGGUUUACAUACAUCCAUUACAAUACAUCUAACAGCUAUACAUCAUAAAUUUGAAAAUCAUUUUGGUCCAAAUCCAAAAGAUUAUUUUAAACGUUUCUAUGGUCAUAAUGAUUACCUUAAAAAUCUAUUCCUUACAUAUCUGAUUGAAUUACGUGCAUUAUUUCGAAUUCAACCAUAUUUAUUGAAUAAAAUUCAAUGGAAUUUAAUUGGUGAUCAGGUACAGGCUAAAGAUGCCAUUAAUGCUUUGUUUAGCACUGAAAGAUUAUUUCGAUGGCAUUUUGAUGAAAAAUUAUUAUUUAAACGUCAACCAAUUGCUGAACAACUAGGUUAUGUAUUCAAUAAUAUAACAUUCAAUAUAAUGGAUUGUAUAUCCUGUGACAAAUGUCGUCUUUGGGGUAAAGUACAAACGAAUGGUCUUGGUACAGCAUUCAAAAUAAUGUUAACAAAAGAUAUUGAAAAAUUACGUUUAAGUCAUCAUGAAAUUACAUGUCUAUUGAAUGCUGUUAGCCGAUUAUCAUUUAGUAUUACACAGGUGGCUAAUUUUCGUGACAUAUUUGAACGUGAACGUUUAACCGGUACAAAUUUCAAAGAAAAAAUGGACAAUAAUUUUGCCAGUGGUGGUGGUGGUGGUAGAUUUGUUGAUUUUAUAAAAUAA